CAGCCGGGAUACCGGCUGUUGGUGCAGCGUGAUUGGUCAACCCCACGUGACUCCCAUGCGUCUCACAAAACGUUGGUCUAUCCGUCACAAGCCCUCUCAGACAGCUGGACUUCUCGUAUUCGUGACGACGCUGAAUUGAAGAAGCCUAAAAAGGUCUUUAAACUCUACUGCUAUCAUGAUCAACUGGAAGGCCCUGGACAACGUGCCCCUCCUCUUCUACAUCCUGGCGCUGAAGACCCUGGUGCUCUGCCUGGGCUUCGCUGCCGUCAAGAUCUACCAGAGCAAGAAGGAGGAGAAGGCCCUGAAGCUCCAGCAGGAGGAACGGCGCAGGCUGGCCCAGAAGACCCAGGAGCUCAUCGACAACAAGAAGGACGACUGAGGGAGGAAGCGGAACGUUAACGGAGCCACUCUUGGGGGCCGGAGCCGUUAACAGUGGCACCCGCCUAGGAUCCAUACUCCAGCGAUCCGCUGCAGACCUGAGAUCAAGCCCAAGUCUUUCGACGGAUGUGGAUCAGUUGGCUUUCUUCUGGAUUGUUCUAGAACCAGUCAAGGAACGUUCCGACAUUUCGUUUCGACAUUUCGUCACCACUUUAAGAAGGACCAAAACACUUUAUUUUGGGCCUUUCUUAAAGUUCGACAUCAACCGGUUUUUCGCGAUGAAUGCAUUUUUGUGAAGUUCGGCAUUUACGGUUUUAAGAAUAAAUAAUAAUAAUAUAUAUAUAUAUAUAUAUAUAUUGUCCUAAUGUAUGCUGUUCUUUAAGUUCGACAUUAACCACUUUAAGAACGAUCGGAGAACGGUUUUGUCGUGAUGUCUGCCUUCCUUAAAGUUGCGUCUGGAAUGGGAAACGUUUUAUAAAAAGGGAUCAUUUUAAAAAGUUAUCUUGCAUGCAUGUGUGCGUUCUCUGGAACGCACACAUGCAUCGAUUUCCUGUUGCUGGUUUUGAUACUGUAAAUACUUAUUUUGUGAAAAUAGGAUUAUAAGCUUUCAAAAUGUGUGUUGUACUGGUUGAUUACUUUUUUCUUAGGUUUGCUACAGACAUUAAUAUAACCCAGUAUGCAUGUGCAAAAUUUUGUAUUUUGCAUAUUGUUGCAUCAAUAACUUCACCUCUAAAAUGUUGUUUGUCAUCUUCACUGUGGGUUUAGACCCUAAACUGUUGCCAAGUGUUCUCCCAUUUGUAAAUAAAAAAACGAUAGUUUAGUAAA